AUGAGAAAAUAAAUAUAAUAAAUAGUUUCUCGGCUACAAAAUUAAGGAUUUUAAAAAGAGGCUCUUGAUUGUUUAGAUUAAGCAAUCUCUUUUAAUAUAACGGAUAUAUACUUUUAUGGUUUGAAAUGUAAAUAUUUCUGUAAAACUUUAGCUCUAUAUUUAGAAUAAAUUGGAUUAAUUUAAGAAAGCAUUGAUUGCUGGGACAAUGGAAUUGAAAAUAAUUAAAAAAAUUAAUUAUUUUAUAUUGAAAAGGGUUGUAUUAGUUGCUAUAUAUGUAGCAAAGUCUUUAGAAAAACACGGAAAGAUAAAUGAAAUAAUCAAAUGUUGGGAUAAUGCAAUCAGUGUUGAUUGCAAGAACCCAAAUUUUUAUAGAGAAAUAAGUUUAAAAUAUUGCAAUUAAGUUUAGUUAAAGCUUUAUUGAAAUAAAAUAGAAUAGAAGAAAUUGUAAUUUAUUGUGAUAAAAUACUUGCUUGCAAUUCACAAGCUAUUGAAUUUUAUACUGAUAAAGGUAUCAAAAAUUUUAUUAAUAGCUCUGGCUUUAAAGAAGCUGAAAAGAUUUGAAAAAGUCAUAGAAUGUUGGAUGGAAGCAAUAGCAAUGAAUUAAACUUAUGUUUAUUUCUAUAGUUUCCUUGGUAUAAUUAUAAGAAAUUAAUUAACAGCAAAAGAAUUAAAAAGGUAGAAUAGAAUCGAAGAUGCAUUAUCAAUCUUAAAUUAGGGAAUUUAAAAAAAUAAAAAUAACAUAAACUUUUAUAAUGAGAAAGGUAUAUCAUAGAAGAUAUCUAAAGCAUAGUUCUUAAUUAAAUUGUAGAGAUAUAAUGAAGUAUUAGAAUGCUGGGAUGAAGGGAUUGAAAAUAACUUGAAUAUUAUUGAAUUUUAUAGUGAAAAAUGUAAGAUGUAAAUGAAAUUUAGCAUCUUUUCUAGAAAGUUAAGGAUUAAUGUAAUAAGCUCUAGAUUUGUGGGAUAUUGGAAUAGAAAAUAAUAAAAAUAANUUUAAAAAGAGGCUCUUGAUUGUUUAGAUUAAGCAAUCUCUUUUAAUAUAACGGAUAUAUACUUUUAUGGUUUGAAAUGUAAAUAUUUCUGUAAAACUUUAGCUCUAUAUUUAGAAUAAAUUGGAUUAAUUUAAGAAAGCAUUGAUUGCUGGGACAAUGGAAUUGAAAAUAAUUAAAAAAAUUAAUUAUUUUAUAUUGAAAAGGGUUGUAUUAGUUGCUAUAUAUGUAGCAAAGUCUUUAGAAAAACACGGAAAGAUAAAUGAAAUAAUCAAAUGUUGGGAUAAUGCAAUCAGUGUUGAUUGCAAGAACCCAAAUUUUUAUAGAGAAAUAAGUUUAAAAUAUUGCAAUUAAGUUUAGUUAAAGCUUUAUUGAAAUAAAAUAGAAUAGAAGAAAUUGUAAUUUAUUGUGAUAAAAUACUUGCUUGCAAUUCACAAGCUAUUGAAUUUUAUACUGAUAAAGGUAUCAAAAAUUUUAUUAAUAGCUCUGGCUUUAAAGAAGCUGAAAAGAUUUGAAAAAGUCAUAGAAUGUUGGAUGGAAGCAAUAGCAAUGAAUUAAACUUAUGUUUAUUUCUAUAGUUUCCUUGGUAUAAUUAUAAGAAAUUAAUUAACAGCAAAAGAAUUAAAAAGGUAGAAUAGAAUCGAAGAUGCAUUAUCAAUCUUAAAUUAGGGAAUUUAAAAAAAUAAAAAUAACAUAAACUUUUAUAAUGAGAAAGGUAUAUCAUAGAAGAUAUCUAAAGCAUAGUUCUUAAUUAAAUUGUAGAGAUAUAAUGAAGUAUUAGAAUGCUGGGAUGAAGGGAUUGAAAAUAACUUGAAUAUUAUUGAAUUUUAUAGUGAAAAAUGUAAGAUGUAAAUGAAAUUUAGCAUCUUUUCUAGAAAGUUAAGGAUUAAUGUAAUAAGCUCUAGAUUUGUGGGAUAUUGGAAUAGAAAAUAAUAAAAAUAAUCAAUCAUUUUACUAUCAUAAAGGUAAAAUAAAAGAUUUUGUUAUCAGCUUGUCUCUUAGAAGAGUUAGAUAGGUAUGAAGAAAUCAUUUAAUGUUGGGAUAAAGGUUUAAAGUAUAAUUAGAAUGAAAUUCACUUUUACAAAUAAAAAUGUAUCUAAUAGAAAAGAGUUUAUUAGCUAAUGCAUUAUUUGAACAAAACAAAUUUUAAGAAAUGCUUGAUUGUUUGGAUGAAGGAAUGAAAAUAAAUAAAAAUGAUGUGAAAUUUUUCUUAUACAAAGGUUGAAAAAUAAUUUUAAUAUUUAAAAAGCUUAAACUUUAAUAUA